AUGACUGAGAAGAAGACAGUGUUGAUAACCGGCUGCACGGAUGGAGGACUCGGGGCCGCAAUGGCCAGGGCUUAUGAAGCGAGAGGAUUUAGGGUUUUUGCAACCCUUCGGUCUUUAUCCAAAGCCGGAACACUUGGAGAAAUGGAGGGGGUUGAGCUUCUUGAACUGGACGUCACAUCGGACGAGUCUAUCCAUCAAUGCACCAAAGCCGUUGAGAAGCUAACAGGCGGAUCUCUCGACAUCCUUGUCAACAACGCUGCCGCCAACAACUACGUUAUACCGCUAUUGGACUCAUCAAUCGAGCAGGCCAAGAAAGUGUACGAGGCCAAUGUUUGGGCUCCGCUUGCCAUGGUCAAGGCAUUUGCUCCCAUGAUAAUUUGCACCAAAGGAACUAUUUGCAACAUCAGCUCUGUCUCUUGUGAACUGGUUUUCGGUUGGUCAGUGCUUACUCUGACGGCAGGGAUAUACAAUAGCUCCAAGAGCGCCUUGACAAUGUUGUCCGAGACACUGCGUAUCGAGCUUGCCCCUCUCGGCGUCAAAGUUGUCACAGCCAUACUCGGCGGAAUGAGUACGAAUGCCUUUUCCAAUGUUCCUGACUUAGAAUUGCCAGAGACGUCGUACUAUGGCAAGAUUGCAUCCAUCAUAGAUUAUCACCACAAGGGAUUGGCAUUCACUAGCAAACAGAAUGUUGAUGUGGCAGCGAAGAAUAUCGUCAACGAUGUUCUCAACGGUCGUGUUUUCAUUCGUCGAGGGGACGCAUCUACUAUCAGCUGGCUAUGUACAACAUUUAUUCCUUCAGUCACGCUGACCAACAUGAUCAACAAGGACAAGGGCUUUGAUAAACUGGAGAGAUCAUAG